GGCCGGUAAGAGCACGCGAGGAGGGGGGCUGGGGGCGGAUUUAUUGCUCGAUAUUUCGCGAUUUCUCCUGCAGCCAGCAGAUCUGUUCCGAUCCGACCCCCGAGGGCAGUUUUUUGAGCGCAGAGGUGGUUCACCUUCACGUACAACCGCCGCCAACCGCGCGCGCGCGCUGCCCGGAGCGACGACGCGCGGCGCGGGCCGGCCGAGGGGAGCGCGUCGGAUUCGUGGGGGACGGGCCUAGGGUUUCGCCGCGAGAUGGACGGCCGGGAUCAGCAGCAGCAGCAGACGCCGACGCCGCUGCCGCUGCCGCCGCCGCCGCAGCAACAGACGCCGACGCAGGCGCCGCAGCAGCCGCAGACGCAGGCGCCGCGCGUGAGCUCGCCGCCGCCGGUGGCCCCCGGCGUCAUGAUGCCGCAGCACGCCUACGGCGCGAUGCCGCCGGGCUCCGCCAGCGUCAUGCACGGGAUGCCGCUCGCCUUCAACCCCAUGGCGUCGCCCGGCGCCUCGCCGGCGGCAAUGAAGCCCGCGGACAUGCCGCCGCUCGCCAUGUACCGGCCCGAUUCCACCCCGCCGGGCAUGCCGCAGCCCGUCGGCGGCGGCGGCGGCGCCCGGGUGGUCAGCGUCAGCGGCAGCGGCAGCGGCGGGGAGCUCGUGAAGAAGAAGAGGGGGCGGCCGAGGAAGUACGGGCCGGACGGGACCAUGGGCUCGGCGGUGAAGGCCGAGGCGGGAGGGCAGUCUGGUGGCGCGGGCUCCAACUCGAAUCCUGACGGGAAGCGCAGAGGACGGCCCCCGGGAUCUGGCAAAAAGAAACAGCUCGAUGCCUUAGGUUCAGCUGGGACAUCAUUUACUCCUCACAUAAUAACUGUCAAGCCUAAUGAGGAUGUUGCUUCGAAAAUAAUGUCUUUUUCACAACAAGGCCCACGUACUACAUGUAUAAUCUCAGCAAACGGUGCGCUGUGCACAGCAACACUCCGUCAACCAGCAACCUCUGGUGGCAUAGUGACAUAUGAGGGCCACUUUGAUAUUCUCUCUCUGUCGGGCUCAUUUCUGCUGGCAGAGGAUGGUGACACUCGUAGCAGGACAGGUGGUCUGAGUGUUGCUCUGGCUGGAAGCGAUGGGCGUAUUGUAGGAGGCUGUGUUGCAGGAAUGCUUAUGGCUGCAACGCCUGUCCAGGUUGUGGUGGGCAGCUUCAUCGCUGAAGGUAACAAAAAGCCCAAGGAAGAACAACCGAAACGCGAGCCCACAUCUGUGCCGAUGUUAACAUCUGCGCCGAUGCAGACUGCUGCUGGCUUUGGUGCGGCCUCAGCUGCUGCUACUCCAUCAGAUGGAACAUCGAGCGACCACUCUGACGACCCAGGGAGCCCCAUGGGGCCCAAUGGCAGCGCGUUCAACAAUGCAGGCCAUCCGACUCACGCUUCAUAUGCUCCGGUGGGCUGGUCCAUUUCCGGGAACCAAGGCCGCUACGACCCUGACAUGAAGAUGGUGACCGACUAAUGGCCUCCAGUUUACAGCAGCUUCAUUUUUUAGUAUUUGACCUAGUAGAGUGUAGGGUUUCCUGCACCGGCGCCAGUGAGUGAUUGUCGGCCAAUAAUCCGGUGUGCUAGAGGUAGUCGGAGAGCCUUCCGUGGAAGGCCUGAGGAGCAAUAAUAAGUAGCAUCGUCUUGCCCCUGUUAUUGUUGCUUUUAGUUUGUACCGUAUCUCUUAUCUGCCUUCGCAGUUAGUAGCUUAUGCUUGGAGUUGUUAUAUCCUAAUCAACGGUUUCUAUUACCCAUGAAUUUGUAUUUCAGUCUAGUAUGUGCAUGCACCAGUUUUGAAUGCCAUAUAUUUGUGUUA